AUGUCUAGUGAUGGGAACAGACGAAGAUUUCUGGAAUCAGCGUCUGGAAUCGGAGUCGAUUUCGGCAUCUCCAUGAGUGGCGUAUUCAUCUUCAACAUCGUGCAGUGGACACCGAUCAAGUACCUCGGCUACUCGUACCCGCUGUGGGCGCACGCGUUCGGCUGGUUCACCGCCCUGUCGUCCAUGCUGUGCAUCCCGGGCUACAUGAUCUGGCUGUGGAGAAACACCCCCGGCGAUCGCGCUAACAAAAUUCGACUGAUCGUUCGAAUCGAGGACAGCGUGAGCCAGCUGCGGGAGAGAAUGCAGGCCGACGCCGAGAAGGGCAUGGAGCUGUAAAGAUGGAAUCCCCCCCCUCCUCGCCUGCUUCCCACACCCCAACGCAGUCCAUCGCUGGACAAACGGGACUACACUACUGCUAAAGCCGACGAACAAAUGCUAAUUAUAAUAAUCAUGCAGCACUGCACUAUCACAGCACCCCAAAACAGUAUGGUCACAUUGAACUCCCUUAUCUAAAGUAAACCCAUUAGUAGUAACGUUAAGUUGCGCAUUGCGCCCUAUUCCCUAGUGCUUCUGGGUCCCUGUGCGUUGGAGUUGGGCACAACUACCACUACCGACUAGCAAGAUUCGAGACAGUAACACUAACUAGUAUGAAGUAAAACCAAAGAGAGAGAGAGGGAUAAAAAAGAAUUGACAAACCUGUCACGCUCUCUCUCUGUCUUUUGUGCACUAAGGUUAGGGUUAGUGAAGGUCGUUAAUAUAUUGUAGUACAGUUGGCUCCGCACGCUUACAAACGCUUACCGCUACCAACGACGGGCGUGGCUGAAAACCAUUGAACAGUAUAAUCUCAUCCACCAUUGAGACAAUAGACACUCCAGUGUAGGAAAUUCCGACCUAAAUUAAUCCAUACAACGCAUAAACCUUGCUCCAUUAUUUAAUAGUAGCCUCUGUUAAACAGCAGUAUCAGCUGUUAUAUCUUCCCCAAUUACUAAGCGCCACAACCACAACAAAAACAACGACAACAAAAAAUAAAUAAUAAACUGCAGCAAACGA